ACGGCGACCCGGCCAGAAGGCGCACACGGUCGCACGUACCAUGUAGAGUCAGUCUGUGCAUCACCACCUCCGAGUAUCGCUCUCGCAGUUUACCGUAUCUACCGCUACCGCGAAAGCCCGCGCGGCAGUGAAGAGGGUGAUAGCGUGCCGCGAACUAGCAUGAUGCAAUUCGAGCUUGUUUAGGGGAUGAUUCUUUUGUUUUUAACGCGAUUGAAAAAAUUCCCUAAAUUCUUUAUGGUAGAAUUUUUCUUGGAGAACGUUUUCUAGUGAUAUUGCAGUGAUCGUAUUGAAAAGAAACAGUGCAAGUUUAGUAUUUUUGAAAUAAGGUGCUCCCUCAUGUUGAGGAAAAAGAAGGGUUGUCAAGAUGAGAAAACGUGAUUUAUUUGGUGCUAGGAUUUUCUUGUGGGAGAAGAGGGCUUUUAAAAAAGUGAAUAUUUCGAAUUGGAUCUCUUCUUGUUCGUCAUGAACACAAAACAUACUGCAGCUUGUCAUCAUGGGGUGAUGAUGACAAUCUCUCAGAAGUAGAGAAAAAUUCAGUAUUUGGAUGGCUUGCAAACGAAAGCGAAAAAAGCUUGAAAUACGACGUACCUGAGGAAAGCCAUCCGAAACCCUGUGCCAUUCAGCAUGGCAUAGCGGUGUGAAUUCAAAUAUCAAUAUAUAGACAGUAAUAUAGACAAGUAUUUUGAUGAAAUAGCCAUGCGGUAGCGUGGAUUGAGUGAAAGUUUAGAGCAUUAGUUUGAUAAAUUUCGGCUCCGAAUCGGGGGCGAAGGCGGAUUAAGUACCAUCAGAAGAACAGCUCUGGCAUCCAUGGUGGUGAAUCCCGGCGAUGAUCGGGUACAAUCAACACAAUUCCGGCUACAACAAGCUAUUCACUCAGGGCUCGGCGGAUUCGAACUACUCGCAGCCGAGCUCGGAUCUUUCGCUGGACGAGGAGAAGGAAAGCUUGCGACGCGAGAAGGAGAGGCAGGCCCUCAAUCAACUCGAAAAAGCCAGAUCGAAGCCGGUAGCAUUUGCAGUACGGACUAACGUGAGCUAUGACGGAUCCGUCGACGAUGACUCACCCGUCCACGGUUCGGCCAUCAGCUUUGACGUCCGUGACUUUCUUCACAUCAAGGAGAAGUAUGACAACAACUGGUGGAUCGGCAGGCUCGUGAAAGAGAAUUGCGACGUGGGUUUCAUCCCGUCACCUGUGAAGCUGGAGGCCUUAAGAUUACAGGCGAGCGCCGCGCGUGGCACGAAGGGUCUCUAUUCGACGCGAGGAGGGUCUUCAGGGAACCUUGGCGAGAGUGGUAUGCCCUCACGUGGUUCCACACCACCUACGCCAGGUGACGACAGCGACAGCGUCGGGAACGUGCGACCUGGCAAGGCGACCCUGACGACACCACCUGCUAAGGAAAAGCGGAAGAACUUUUUCAAGAAGCCGUCCUACGAGACGACAACCCCCUACGACGUGGUACCUUCCAUGAGGCCCGUAGUGCUGGUCGGACCGUCGCUCAAGGGUUACCAAGUGACGGAUAUGAUGCAGAAGGCGCUCUUCGAUUUUCUUAAACAUCGCUUCGAAGGCAGAAUUAUUAUCACAAGGGUAAUGGCGGAUAUAUCGUUAGCGAAGAGAUCCAUGCUGAACAAUCCAACUAAAAGAGCAAUCAUGGAACGGACGACCAGUAAAAGCAGCUGUUUAGCGGAAGUUCAGCAAGAAAUUGAAAGGAUUUUCGAACUUGCUAGAACUCUUCAGCUGGUUGUUUUGGAUUGCGACACCGUAAAUCAUCCGGCGCAAUUAGCAAAGACCAGUCUGGCGCCCACAAUUGUUUACCUGAAGAUUUCUUCGCCAAAAGUUCUGCAAAGGUUGAUCAAGACCCGAGGAAAGUCGCAGAUUCGUCAUCUUAACGUACAAAUGGUGGCCGCGGAGAAGCUGGCGCAGGCUCCGCCAGAGAUGUUCGAUGUCAUCCUGGAUGAGAAUCAAUUAGAGGAAGCAUGCGAACACGUGGCCGAGUACCUAGAAGCUUAUUGGAGGGCGACGCAUCCGCCUGACUUUUCUACGGUGCCACGCGUCAUGCCUCCACCCGAUGCACCGGCGGAUACGUACCCGCAACGCGUGCCAUCAGGUGCCCCUCAUGAAUCUUACUAUCAUCGAAGAGGAGCGAGAGAUGCCAGCGACGGAACGAGAAGAUCGCGGCUGGAGCGGAUGGAUCGUGAUCGGAGUGAUCGCAUGGAUCACGAUUACGACGAGGAGGAACGCCUCGAUUACGGUAGUGCCUCGAGACGUCGCCAGCAGCAAGACUCGCGCGCUCUCAAUGCUAUUUAGGAGCUGGGGCCCCGGGGCCUGUCGCUUCAGCGCUGUCCCCACCUGCGCACCACCGCCCUUUAGCGGGCUCGCCUCCCGGUAACGCUACCGAAUGCUAGGAAGUGCGCAACGCUACCUCGCGAUAAAAUCGCUGCGCUCUGUUAGUGGGGCUGUUUCCUGUCGCGCUAAUCUACGCUAAGAAAGAAAAGAAGAACACAGAAAUCCAGAUUCAUCGGCUGACAACACACACGCCACCAACGAAUCUAAAAAAAAAAAGAUUCUAUCCGGACGACGAUCUCAAAACCGUCGACGAUUCAUCUCCGCGUACCUAUUCAACUGAGAAACCUCGCUACCGAUACGCUAUCAAUCGCCAGCGCGCACGUUAAUUCCGAGAAACAUUUUGCGCUUGCACAUUUUUAUUCGCGCUGCCUGCAGGGAAAAACUCAUGUUAAGAUUUUACUGCUGUUUAAUUAGGGAACAUGGUUUAAUUGCGAUGUGACUUGUUAGACAAUUUUUUUGCAUGCUUUGAACAUGCAUACUUUUCUUCCGAAAGCUCUUACAUCUACAAUAAUACACUGUUAUGUUAUAUGCUAUUUUUUUUACACCGCUGAAUAUUUCAAUAACGUUCAUGACCAAUUGUAUAAUUAUAUUUUAUUAAUAAUGGAUUAACAAAGAUGGUUUUGAUUGUAAAACAUUGAAACCUCUUUUACUUCUCUUUUUUUUCUUCUUUUUCUUCUGAUGUGCUACUUUCAUCAAUAGCGUGCACGUGAUUAUCAAGAUAUUAUAUAUUUUUAAUCUGCUAAAUUUAAGUCGCUUAUCGACGAACUGCAAAGGAUCGAAAGCAAAAACACUAUUCUUGCUGGAUGAAUUUCACUAGCACAUUACAGAUUUCACAAUUCGCACACAUUAUCUACGUAUAGAAACAUAUCUUCAUCUUCGUACGUCGCGUUUUCGCCCAAUUACUCCUCCAAUCAAUAUCACAAACGCGUAUCACUCUGUGAUGUCAUCUACAGUUACAGAGUUAUGCUACCCAUUAAUCAUACCGAACUACUGAACUAUCCUCACGCACAAAUAUCAUCGAGAUAUACUUGCCUGAUGACGUAUGCUUAAGAGCUCUGCUGUGUUAUGUGUAGAGGGAACACGUCAACCGCUCAUUAUAACGAUUUAAGCAUACUAUGCCAAACGUAUCAAAUGCUCACCAUAAUAAUUGCUGGCCAUGACGAAAUGCACGCAUCGUUUUGAGAUGCACGUUACAUGACAUCUUUUAUGCCACUUUAUACGAAAGAAAGAUAAUGUGAAAUAAUCUUAUAAAAGAAAAUACACACACACACCUGACUGCAUUUGGUACUUCUCGUUAAAUACGCUAUUCAAAGUCGUUCAUACGUUCAAUGAAAUUAACACUGUGCAUUUUUCACUUAAAAUAUUGCAAAACUUACCCUCGAACCUUUCUCAAAACUCUCAUAUACAUAUUAUUAAGAAGACGUAACUUAAAAAAUUAUCUGAAUAACUGUAAUCUUAUUUUUAUGACCUCUACAAUAUAUAAUAUAACAUUAUUUUUAAAAUUAUUUAAAUAAUUUUUGACAAUUGCUGAAAAAAAUUUUAAUUAACUAUUUUUUAUUUUAAAAAAUUUUUACACACACACACGUAUAUACAUGAUACAUCUUGAAUGAACUUACUUACAAACACAAAUUAUUUGCCAAACUAAAAUCAUUGCGAUAAGAUUUCUUUUAACAUUUUUUGUUUACAUUUUAACGUGCAAUUUUCCAAUUAACAUAUUUUAAUCAUGAAUACUUAAUUAAGGGUUCGAGCGUAGUUUUCAUAAUCGUUAAAAAAACGAUUAUAAUAUUCUAGCCGAUUCGAAAUAAUUUUCCGGUGUCCUUGUCCAUCGCAGUAUAAAUGCGGGACAAAUUCCUCAUUCGCGGAAUCAGCUCAACAACACUAGUAGACGCGCGAGACAAUCGCGUGGGACGAGGAGACCAAGAUAGAAAGUGCACUCGAAAUAGAGUGAAAAGAGCCCUGGGGCCUUAAUCCCUGCACCGACUCCUCCCGGGCCCCAAAACCAAAUUUUUAUGUCGAAUCGGCGAUCAGCGAUCGACGCUGUAAUCGAGUAUUUCUUAUUGUCAAGAAUUACUGAACUAAUGUCUACGAAACAGAGAGAUUCGACUUCUCUCAUAGAGCUUAAUUAUAAGAAAUGAUAAUGAUUAUAAUUCCAAUUGAAGAAAAUUUAUGUGAUUGUCUAGAGAAAUGACCUAUGAUCGGUUGGACAGUUAAUUUUAUUAACAGCUAAAUUAGUUAAUAUAUCAAGACAAAGGAGCUUUAAUAAAAUUUUACAGCUGAUCAUAGAUGCUUUAAUUUGACCGUCGAUCAUAAUAGCCAAUGUAGUCGCCAUAAUUUUACGAUCAAUGAAGAGCGAUUCGCGAUGGACACAGCUCGAUAAUCUCGAAUUUGAUCGUAGAAAUUGAAAUCUAUCGUCGAUUGCGACGACGGACAUAGCUGAAGCGAUUUUAAACGAUCGAUGUAGUGACACUUAUCAUCGAUUACGUAAUUAAACUAGACAAACUAAUGUAGAAACAAGAUGUUCUGGAGAAGUUUUUGAUUUACGAGACGACAACGCGGCUCGAAAUUAGAAGAUAUUGAUGCGCUGAAUUCUAUGAAAGUUUUCAAUUUUGAUCAGGUGCGUCAAUGACAUCAUAGGCAUCACAGACGCGCCAGCUCUAUGAUGCAUUUGUACGUUUUGUUGAAGCUAAGCAAAAGUAUACGUGAUAUAUACGUACAUUGCACAUCAAAGAAAACGCUUUGUGUACAUAUUACACACACGCAUACACACACACACACACACACACACACACACACACACACACACACACACACACACACACACACACACACACACAAAAUUGUACACACAAGUAACAAUUCCAUCUAUAUCACUCGACAAAUUUUAAAUAAUCAAGAUAAAAAAAAUUAAAUAAGAUAUUCAGCAGAGAUGUGAAUAAAAACCACUUGGCUUUUCUAUGAAUAACUAUAGACUGAAAUUAGAAAUAUAAUUUAAAACAGAUUAUAGUAUAAUUAUAUUUUUCAAUAUGUACAAUGUGACUCUCUCGCUUACUAUAUCGGCUUGAUAUUUAUUAAUUUGCGAAAAUUUAGUUUGCAUCUUCAACAUUUAAUUGAGAUAAUUCUGAAAAUCUAAAUUAUUUUUUUAUGUGACAAACAUCGCACAUUUUUAUUCACAUUUCGCACCAAUGGCGUUAUGUAAAUGUAAUUGUAAGAAUGAGUGCUGUUCAAGUUUUCAAUCAUGCAACGUCGAUACGUUUUGAAUCGGCAUUUAGCUAAAGAAUACUGCUAAUUAAAUUUUUAAUUUAUUUUUAAAAUUAUAAUAUUAUGUCACGAAAAACUCCUAGCACGUGACAUUGCUCAUCGCAGAUAUCUCGUCGAUUCCAAUGAAAUAAAGCGAUUCGUAAAAAA